UCUAUAAUGAAAAUGAUGUUUGCUUUGAAAAAAAAUGAUAGACAUCCGAAUGCAGAUAAAAAUGAAGGAAUUAUAAUAUGAAGGAAUUAUAAUGUAUCAGCCUAUCUGAUAAACGUGAUAUAUUUGCAGUAUAUACAGCCAGAAGCAGGAUAUUAUUCAUAAUGAAUUUAUUAGAAACAUAUAUACUUUACAUAUAUAAUACAUUCGUACAAUUUGUAGUGUUGAUAUCUAAAUGAACCAUUAUUACUUUUUUUACAAAAUAUCAAAAACAAUCAUGGAUAUAAUUCUAUAAAGUCUAUGAAAUUCCAGGGGUAUCUUCAAAAUCGAAAUGUUAGAAAUGAAAUUCUUUCACGUGCAUCGUUUAUUGUGAUUGUCUUAAAUACCGAUUUAAAAUAAUAGCGUAUGCGAUAAAAAUCUAUUACAUGCAUGCUUUGUUUAUGACUUGUCAUGCAUUUUUUACCUUACUUAAAUACAUUAAUUCACUGCAUGUAAGUUUGUAUAACCGGUAUAAAAAACAUUUUCAAUUUCAUAAUAAUAAAACACGGAACAUUACUACAAAAAGCGGUGUAUAUUAUGGUCAUUAUAUGGACAAUUUGUACAGGUUAUUCAACUGUGUUUUUUUUUCUUCGUGAAAUUAUUUCUGAUGUGUUCAUUGUGAGAAUGAUGUAUGACUGUCAUAAUUGUGAAUAAUUAGAUAAUUGAAUGGAUUUAAUAGAAUUACAAGUCUCAAGGACCUCCAAUAUGCACUUAUAAUAUUGAAAGAACGCAAUACGUGGACGUGUUUUUAUACGUGACAACGCUUACCAAAAUUAUGAAUUUGUAAAAUGUAAUUCACGGUAUUAGAAAAGAAGCUUUGUCGUGUCAGACAGCACGUGUCAGGCAGCACGUGCGGAGCUGAUAUUACUGACAAGAACUGAUAACUACUGGCAAAGACCAGCACGGAGAACUCGACUAAUUACAGUGGAUAGUGAUGAAUGCGUCUUUAGUUCUUUGUGUAAAGUAACUUACAUUGAAAUAUUACCUCUGUGAUAAAGAUAUACUCGGCAUGCCAAACAUCCUAGAAAGUGUUAAUAAAUAACUGACAAAACAACAAAACCUAAUUUUUGCAACCAUUCUGGCACUGUGCAGGCGUUAACAAUGUCUUCUCCUAUAUUCCGACGCCUGUCAAUGCACCAUAAAAACCGACCGUUCCGAAUAGUAAUUCUUGGUCAAAAUGGUGUAGGAAAAUCAGCCUUGACAGUGCGAUUCCUUACACAGAGGUACAUAGGAGAUUAUGCCCCAGAUCUAGAGAACACGUACACAUACAGUAAAUGUCUUGACGGUGAAACGGUAACCAUGGAGAUAAGAGACACGGCAGCUCAGGUAGAGAAUAACAGACUUGAAGCUAAUAUCAAAUGGGCAGAUGCAUUCGUAUUAGUUUAUUCAAUUACUGACAGGUGUAGUUUUAACGAAUGCAGCAGACUCAAAGUUUUGAUCAAUUCAUAUGCAAAAAGUAAAAAACCCAAUUCACAGAAUUCUUCAUCCUUACCAAUGGUUCUUGUAGGAAACAAAAGUGAUCGGACACAUGACCGUAUGAUCUCCACGGCCGAGGGACGAGAAAAGGCGUAUGAAAUGAACUGUGCUGCAUUUUAUGAAAUUUCUGUGCGCGAGGAACGCGACAGUGCAAGUGGUAUAUUCUUAAAUUUGUAUAAAAGUUAUAAGCGACCUGGCAGACGAUCGGGACGUUCCGAGCUCCAGCAAAGACUGAGUUGUCCCCCUUCCUUACAAUUUACUCCGGAACUAACAGAUUCAGAAAGAGCUAAAAUCCCGUUACGAAGGCGUAAAGCGUUGUAUACCAUAAGUUGAAAGGAAGGUGUAUAAUUAUUUAGUCAUUCCAUUUUUUUUUAUUCUGUUUGUUUCCGGUGGUGGAAUUUUAUGUAAUUCAUCUCUGGUAUUCAUUUGUUGUUGACACUAUAUGCUAGUUUCAGCGCAACAAUAAGAACUAUAUGUAAGAGAAAACGCUGAAUUGUAGUCUAAUAAAAAAAUUGUCUUUUUAAUUGAAUAAUGAUGAUGUUGUUAGAUUGUUAGUUUUCAUGAAUCAUGAACUGUAACAUUUUCCUGAAAAUUAGUCCCAAACAACUACAAGACAUCGAUUUUUGUUCUUUAACAUGUAUGUAUAUCCACUGAGCUAUAUUUAAAUAAGUAUCUGGUAUAUCCAAGCAUUUUUAGCUUUUCUUCAUACAAAUAAAAUGAUCUCUGAUAAUCGUA